CCAGAAAUUGCCAUUGCUUGAAUUCACUGAGUAGGCACUGAUUUGUGAUCCCACCAGGUUUUCUUUUAAAUAACAGCUGCCCACAGUUACAGGAUCCUUACAGGUGUGGCUUUGUGUAGUCAUUCUGACCUCCACAGCAUUAGGCUGAUGAUCCUCUGGCAGGGGUGUGCCCAGAUGCUCUGGUAUAUAAAUUUGGCCCAGUGUUUGUUUCAAUGUGUACAAUAUGGAGUGUCUUAAGUUGUUAGUACCUAGGAGUAUUCAAGAAGCAAUUUGCUUCCACUGUUGUGUCUGUGGCUGAGCAGCUGUUUGGGGUUAUGUGGUUUAAACAGGUGAGGAAUGUAGUUUGUUUUAUUUUCCUUAUAAAUUACUUUCUUGAAAGCCUUGCAUUUUCUGUGGUAACCAACACUCCAAGAGGCUGACUGCCAACCAAAUAAAGCCUUUCUGCCACCUUGAAUGCUUUUCUGCUAACCCACAGGAUAUAUAACUUCCUGGUUUUAGUUUAAUGACAAGCUAAAAAUAUAAAUACUGAUCAACUGUUGAGUGAUAUAUCUAAGUUGUAAGAUACUUAACCUGUGAGUACCUAAGGUACUUGUGAUAAGAACUGAAGUUUGAUAAAAAUGCAGAGAUGUGUUAAUACUUUAAACAAAACCAUCUUAAUGCUGGAAACAUUAAAAUGUAGCAGUGAUUGGGUUUUUUUGGUAGGUUUGGAUAUUUUGUGGGAGUCUUUGACCAAGAAAGACUGGACCGAAACAUCCUGGAAGUAUUUCUGUUGCCUGGUAUUCUAUGAUUUUGUGGACAUUGCUUUUUCAAAAAUAAAAAAAAAAGGAGUGGAUCAUUUAUAGGUAUUUGAAUAGAUUGCUGGUCAUAUAUCUGUGUGAGAUUUCAUCUGCUCUGUGUGUGCACUUUUUAAAGACUGGAAAGAACAGUGAUUUUCCUGUUUUCUCAAGCCCUGGAAUUGUGAAGUAAUAAAACAAGAUAAAUUAUCAUUGCUUUUUCCACAUCCUUUUCUUUCUGCUCUAUAGAUUCCCUAGCUACGAAGCACCAAAUACUUGUUCAGCCCAACACAACUAAGGGGUGAAACUUGGAAUUAUUUUUCCUCCAGAAGCUUGCAUUUAGCAGAGGGCAGCUUGCAAGUGUGUAAGAGCUGACUCCGAGGAUGAGAGACCAACACGCUGUAUUUCUCAUUCAUAAUCCCUUGAGUAAUCCUAAUCCAGUUGAGAUCUGUAGCCUUUAUUAAGUGUCACGUGGUAGAGGGUUCUUAAGUCUGUUCAUAACUGGGCAGUAAAUAAAUCAAAGUGUCUGCACCAGCUCUGGGUCGCACGUGCACAGGGACAUGGCCUGUGUUGUGCCGCCUGUCCAAGGGAACAUCUUGCUUUCCUAUUUGGAUUCUGAGGAGGAGAUUUUGCAUCUGUAACUAAAAAACAGCAUCAGAAAUCAGCGAUCAUUUGGGUACCGAACACAACCAAAAUUUAUCGAGUGAAGAGCUUCAGUUGUGUUUGUCUCAACAAAUCCAUAAAUUAGGACUUGGCAAGGUAAGUUGCAUUUUUCUUUUUAAUUCUUGGCAACAGGGUUUUGUGAUCAGAAGUAGCUUAAAGUUUAAGAUAAAAUAUCCUUUUUGUAUGCCAAGGUGUGUAUAAAGCUGCAUUUGGGAGUUUGGUAUCUGCAAUUCCCCUUUUUGGCACUGCAGUAACUGUGUGGUUGUGUGUUUGAAAUAAAACACACUUUCACCAUCUUGCUUGCAGUUACAAGUGGUGCCAGGUCUGAUGUGCACGUGGGCCAUACAGAGGUAUUUACUCUGAGGCAAGGCAGGAUCAUCACUUUCCCUAGUGCUAGCUAGCAUUGUUAUCCUUGGGAGAAGUAUUUGGUUUUUAAAUAACCUGUAGCUCUUAAACUCUUACUGUUUUUCUUUUAGCAGAACCUAAAAUUGAUUUCCCUCCAACAUCUCUUUUAGCUUUUUCCCUAGUAGUAAACUUUUUAGUCUGUUAUGUCUUCCUGUUGCCUUCCAUUUUCUGCCCACCUAUUCCUUCCAUUGCUGGAAUGUCUAUAGAACUGUCAGGUUAGUGGGCAUCCUGUUCAUGAUGCAUGAAAUGUCACCUUUCCUAGAAGCAGGCUUCACAUUAGCUGAGUUAUUUCUGGCAGGUCUUGUAGGAUGAGCACCACAUUCUGCAAAGAUCUAUGAGGUGCACAAAUACCCAAUGUGUUGGAUUUGGUUCAGAAUGCUGUCCCUUGCUUUGGUUUUGGAGAUGUUAAAAUAAUUAGGCUAAGCCAGGAAACGUACCUAGGCUUUUGUAGUUUGGGUUUUGGGGCAUUUGACUCAAGUGGAUUUGUGCAAGGUUUCCUUGCCUGAAUUUCAUGGGGUACCAGAUGGUGUUAUUGAGCAAGUCCUCUGUUUGUGUUUGAAGAGUUGCAAGAACGGUGUUCCCCAGUGGCUCAGGAAGUGCAUGGAUUCUGGCUGCUAUGUCUCUCUCUUGCCUGUGAAACAUUACCUCCUGUGGUAGGGAAUGUGUAUCUUCUCUAUGUGUGCGUGACCUUCUCCUGAGGCCCUGUACUUGGUGUUCCACUGGUUGUCUGUGUCCAUGUGGGCCUCUCAAGUCUGUGCCUCUUUAGUGGUGGUUUAAGUGUGUGUGGUGGCUUUUGUCACCUGGUUUUAGAAUGUGGGUGUUCUCUGGCAGGUGCUCUGUGCCAUGGCAUGUGUCAGGGACAGCCCAGUGCAAAGGAGGUGUGAGGAAAACCUGUUGCAGAGGCCUCCUGAUUACACCAGAGAAAAGGAAGUACUUCUGUAGGAGAGGAGUGGCAGGCAAGAGCAGGAUGAGGAAGGAGUGCUUGGUAGCUGGCUGUUUCCUAGAUGAAUAAUGUUUCUCACCUGUAAGUUAAGACAACCUGUACCUGAAGUGGUGCUUAUGUUCAGUUCAUCCACUCUUUGAGUCUGUCCCUUGAUUGGUCUCUGUUCCUCUUCCGUUUCUUAGGUGCAGGAAUUUAGGAAGGGACAGGUGCAUGUCACUGCUGGGGGGAUGAGGAAGGAUCCAAGAUGCUGAGCAGUUUCUUCCUCAGUCCUUCCAGCCCUGGAACAGGUUUGAUUCCAUUGGAGCCUGAUUUAUUCCUAUGCGCUCCUUUGCUCAGGUUGUGGCCCUGACAAAAAUCUGAGGGCAACACAUGAAAUUCAUGGCUCCAGCAACUGCUUGAGAGGGACCUGUUGAUAAGCCUUUUUAUGAUAUGAUAAUUAGGGCACACUAACACUAGGCUAUCCCUCGCUAUGGAUGGCAAAAAUGUGUUUAAAGUAGGGCUGCCCAAAUAAUAAAUGCCUGUUUGUUUUGCAGGGAGAGAAGGAAAUAAGAGAAAAAUUGUUCCCAAAGGUGACUUCAAAUCCAUGGUUACGUUUUAUCAAAGCAGGCAGGUGGUACCCUGAACACAUCCUCAGCAGGCAAAGUACUAAACACCAUACUUGAGUGUUUGCUUCAGGUUUGUUCUCCAUUGUUUGCAAGGUUACGUAGAAGUGUUCUAGUUCUUGGGGAAGGGGCCAAUUCAGAAUUAUAAUUUUUACCAUUGCUUCUCUGGAAACCUAAAACUUGUUGAAAUCUUCAGAUCUGUGUUAUUAAGUGAAAUUUUUGUAUAGGCCAGAUGGGCCUAAGUUCAGAAGUUCUGAACUUCUUCCUGAACUAUGGUUUUCCUGGCACUGGAGGUUACAAACAAGAGCUAUAACUGGUGAGUUUUGUGUGCAAUUGUCCCUUGGAGUAGUUAAUAAUCUGGAAAGCUGUCAGAGUAUUUGCAUUGUUUGAGCACAAAGAAGGCAAGGAGCUAGGUAAAACUGGGUGUCAUUUGGCAGCGAUUUCAGGCAAUCUGUGCCAUUGAUAUAAAUGAUGCUGUUAGAAUAAAACAAGAGUGUAGGUAUUUUGCUAAGAGCAUUGUGAUGUACCCUGUUGCGUCAGCUGGUUAUGGCACUGUGAGGAUGCCAUUGUACAGCUGGGCAUCCUGGGCAAGGGAGAGAGAGUUGCAGGCUUUGCUGUGCUUUAGAACCUCCUGGUGCUGCGGUGUGGCUGAGCAGGGCUCACCUUCCUGAGCCAACAUGGAUCACUCACCUUACACAACACCGGACACGCUCCUUCAAUUACUGUUUGUGCGGAUCUGAGCUAUUUUGAGAAGAAAGACGUGGGUGAGGUGGAAAGAGAUUGAAGGAGGCAAAAGGAUUGCAGGAAGCGAGGAAAGGAGGAGGACUUCUCCUGGGCAGAGGUGCCUCUUUAGUGACUCUGUCCUGACCCUCCAAAAUACUUUGAGCUAUGUUCUCCUGCCAACACCAGCCUUAACAUUUCUACAAGUGUUUAUUUCUUUUCCUUCAUUUCUCAGCUUUGUCUUCCGUGAAUUUCAGGGGAAAAUAAAAAUCUGUCGAAUUCUUCAGUGAUACAGUCUGGAGCUGCUUUGGCAGUGACUGUUUAUUUUCCAGAGGGAAAAUGUCUGUGAAUGACAUUCUGGUUACCCUCAAAGUGAGAGACUUCAAAGUUUGACCUAGUCUUCCAUUAGGAUCUGUCUACCCUGACCAGAGCUUCCACAGCAGUGAGCUUACUAAAGUCUGGAUGUCUGUUGUUUUAUACUGGCAACUGAUGGUAUAAUACACUCCCACACUCAAGCAGAUGCAUGAGAAUGAAGGCAAGCAGUGUUUAACAAAGCUGGCUAUUUUCUUCUGAUAGCUAAUUGCUAUUUUAGACUUAGCUUCCUGCUAGUUAUGAUUAGAUUAAAUAUCAGGUUUGUGUACAUCCCUCAUAAUGAGCUAUCCUUUACAGGGCACUUUAUAAAUAUUUGUCUACACUACAGAAUGUCUGUCUGCACAUACUACUUCUUAAUGACUUUUUAGUAGUUCCUGAUCAUUAUUGAAAAGCUUUUUAUAUGUUUGCCAAACAAUCACAAUACCUAUUUUUAUGCAGGUAGCUAAAGGUGCUGAACUGAUUCCUGUUUAUAAAGCUCACUUGCAAUGUGAAGCAGCGAGACAGAAAUCCACAUCUGAAUGUCUAGGAGUAGCUGCAGAAAUCUGGUAGUGUAAAAUGUACUUGGGCAUAAGAGCGGUCCUCUGAUCAUUGAUAUUAAGUGUUAAUAUAUUUAAUUGUAGAUUCUUGGCACUGAGACAUGUUGCAGCUGUUUUGAUUCUGACCAAAUGGUCUUCCCUGCAUCUCUUUUGUGUUUUUGGUGACACUGGGCCAUUCUGCAACGUUGAAGCAUUGGUUGGACAACAUGGGAUCAGGUAGUUCUGUAAAUGUCCAGUACAAGCACUCCCUGCAGAAGUCUGAAAAUGCUUUCAAGGCAGCUGUCUUGAUCCAGCAGUGGUAUCGGCGCCACGUGGCUCGGCUGGAAAUGCGCCGCCGCUGCACCUGGAGAAUCUUUCAAUCCAUUGAGUAUUCCUGCGAGCAGGACCAGAUCAAGCUUCACAACUUCUUCAGUUACCUCAUGGACCAGUUCACACCAAGCAGCAGCAAAGAGAGGGAUUUUAUCAGUCGCAUGUUUGUAAGUGGGGAAAGUUACAAAGAGGCAGAGCUGGAAAAAUACUGUGACUAUGAAUCCAUAGAGGUGCCAGACUCCUACACCGGACCCCAUCUCUCUUUCCCACUCCUCCCUGACCAUGCCACGGCCUUGCUGGAAGCUUUCCAACAGAAACAGCAGCUCCAUGCUCGCUAUGUCUUAAACCUCCUGCAUGAGACCAGGAAGCACCUCAAGCAGUUGCCAAACAUCAGUCAUGUCUCCACCUGCUACAUCGAGGAGAUCACCGUGUGUGGAGACUUACACGGCCAGCUGGAUGACCUGUUCCUCAUCUUUUACAAGAAUGGCCUUCCUUCCCCUUCCAAGUCCUACGUGUUCAAUGGGGACUUUGUAGACAGAGGCAAGCAGUCCCUUGAGAUCCUUGUCAUCCUCUUUACCUUCCUCCUGAUCUAUCCCAAGGAGGUUCAUCUCAACCGCGGGAACCACGAGGACCACAUGGUGAACUUACGCUAUGGUUUCACCAAGGAAGUGAUGCAGAAAUACAAGGUGCAUGGGAAGAAAAUCUUGAAGAUGUUUCAGAAUGUCUUCUGCUGGCUGCCCCUGGCCACCCUGAUUGAUCAGAAAGUCCUCAUUAUUCACGGGGGCAUCUCUGACACCACUGACUUGGACAUGCUUGAGAAAAUUCAAAGGAACAGAUUUGUUUCUGUGUUAAGGCUGAAGAAAAGGAAGGAAUCGAGUGGAAAACCACAAAUCCAGGCCAUAAAUGGGGAGAGCGAAUCAGGCACUGAUGCAACUCCCAGGUUAUCUCUACAGCCCCAGUCAGCCCAGGCUCCCAGCACAGCCAACAGGCGGGAGUUCUCCAGGUGGCUCCGGCAGACGGUGCAGGAGCAAAUCGACACGUGCCGCCGGCUGGUGGACAUCAGCGAGUCAGAGCCGGAGGAGCUCACCUAUUCCAGCAUGGUCUCCUUGAAGGAUGCGGAUGAACCAUGCUGGACUCGCCAGGAGGAAUGGAAGCAGGUUUUAGACAUCCUCUGGAGUGACCCCAUGCCUCAGGAGGGCUGCAGAGAAAAUAAGGUGCGAGGUGGUGGCUGCUACUUUGGGCCUGAUGUGACAGAGAAGUUCCUUGAAAAGUACAGCUUGCAGUUCCUGAUCCGCUCUCACGAGUGCAAGCAGGAGGGCUACGAGUUCUGUCACAGCCGCAAGGUGCUGACCAUCUUCUCAGCCUCAAACUACUAUGAGAUUGGCAGUAACAGGGGAGCCUAUGUGAAGCUGGGACCAGACCUCAUCCCCCACUUUGUUCAGUACCAAGCAAACAAGACAGCCCAUUUGCUCACUAUGACCCAAAGAAUCAGCAGAGUAGAGGAGUCAGCCUUUCGAGCCUUGCGGGAAAAGCUCUUUGCUCACACCUCAGCCCUCAUCAGUGCCUUCAAGUCCUACGACAGGGACAAUACAGGAAAGAUCACUCUGAGCAACUGGGCGACAGCAGUGGAGUCAGUGCUGCGGCUGGGACUGCCCUGGCGAAUGCUGAGGCCGCAGCUGGUGCGCAGCGCCGAGGACGGCAUGCUGGAGUACAAAUCCUGGCUGGAUGACCUGGCCAUGGAGCAGAGGAGCCAAGAGCACAUCCAGUCCAGCUUGCUGGAAGUCAUUUAUCGAAACAGAUCCAACUUAGAGACCAUAUUCAGGAUCAUAGACAGAGACCAUUCAGGUCUCAUCUCCUUUGAGGAAUUCCAGCAAACCUGGAAGCUGUUCAGCUCCCACAUGAACAUUGAACUCACGGAUGAUGGCAUUAAUGACUUGGUUCGCAGCAUUGACUUCAACAAGGAUGGGAACAUUGACUUCAACGAGUUCCUGGAAGCCUUCCGCCUGGUCAGACAGUGCCCGUCGUGAGAACCUGCUGGGAGCUGCCAUGUCCCAUGCCUUGAUUUCUACAAAGCCAGGACUGUCCCACCUAACCUAGAGUGUGCCUGCAGAUGGCAAGCAGGGAAAGGGGAGGCAGGUGCCCAAAACAGAGAUCACUGUAGGUGACAGCUGUGACCCAUCUGGGGAGGCUAACAGGUGAAAUAGAUGAAUUGCACUUCAAUUCAGACUGCUUUUAAAACAAGCUGUGUUUUAAAUAGCUUCCCACUCAAAGGGAAGAUGUAACUUAGCUUCUCUUGUCAAUGUGAGAGGAUGUUACGGGUGUAUUGAAGAGCAGUAAAGUGGAAGUCAAUGUAUUACAUGUAGGCCAUGUUUCA